CACCGCUACUGCCAUGCCGUUGUGCCUGAAAUGAUUUAUUAAUAGUCAGCGAGUACGUACCUCCUCCGGCACCGACCUGACCGUGCCUUGCGUGCCGGCGCGAAAGAACUCAAGCCAAGCAAUUUGCCUUCUGCAUCUUCAUUGCCGCGAAGACGGGAGCAAACAAUGCACCAUUUCGAAUAUCAGUCUCUCUCAAAUCCGUUCACGGACAGGAAAUUCGCAUCAAGCAUCAGGAUUUGAUCCGCCGCCUGAAUUCCAUGGUGCUCCCUUAUACCAGGCAGUCGUCAUGCCGUUUUCUUCAUGCCACCACAUAUCCCGUAAAUCUGCUUCGGUUCAUGUUCUGAAAACUCGGUGGGCUUCUGAUCAAACGAUAUCACACCUCCAAAUAACAAAGUUUUCAUCUGAUGAAGAAAAUAGAUCCGAGUGGAUGGUUCGCUCGUUUGCAACUUUCUUUUUUCAUCCCAUGCCCUGCAUCAUCCAAACACUAGGUCCGUGCUUUCUCAAGUUGAAGCAAUCUGAAUGUGGCGGAUACCCCCGAUUACGUUGCAAGUUUGCAAUAGAACGUCUUCCUUCACCAUCUUUUGUGCAGCCCUGGAAGCAUCACAACAGCACUCGCUCGCUACCUUGGCACUGGCUUCGCUCAACGUUGGCCUUGCUUCUCGGACCCGGUCGGCGCCUCUGUUUUCUGGAAUAUGCAGCGAUCCUUGCGGCUCGGAUAUUGACUAGCCCAUUCAAAGCCACUGGUUCGCUCUCAAGAGUCUUUUCGAGGCUACAUCGCUUGUCGAGAGCUUCGAUGAUAUGCGGCUCCAUCGAGUGAGGAUACGCGUUGCCGGAUAUCUUCACAAAUAGAUAUUGUGGAAAUCUGCAUAUGCCCCAUCAAGAAGUCUGAGCCGCGGGAGAGAAGCAGUAGAGUGAACGCUCGUCACUGCGGACGUAACAAAUCUCGUUCGAUACUGUUGAUCGUUGGCCAUGGAAGCGCUGGCGU